AUUGACCAACAAGCUUUAGGCCAUCUCACCUUUUUUUUUCGAUCGGGCGGACGACGAGGUCACCAUUCCUGUCUUGUUUUAAACGUCUAUUUCUUAUGUGUUAGGGGAUAUUUGGGUGAUUUGACGACACCGGAAAUUCAAAGGGUGUUCCGUAUUGUGACGAUUGAAUUCAAGCCUGCAUAUUUGUAUUCGCAAGAUCACUCGAACCGAUCAUCAAGGUGUUGAUGCUCUGAAAUCCAGCCCGUAAGACGAUAUUUCGGGAUGGAGUCAAUACAGCAACCAUACAAUCCUGGGACAUUCCUGGGAGAACAUGAGACAUCACACCAGACGGAAAUGCAAGAAAUCUCUGAUGUUGAAGAUAUGGCACCUGGGCCUACACCACAACAGCGUCUCGCAGCCCUCUUACCACAGCAGGAUUCGAGGGGAAAGACUAAUGAGAGACGAGAAAAUGGCAGCGGAGACCAAUGGAAUGACGAGGAUGAUGGCGAUUUUGAGAUGGAGGACGAUCCAACGUCACCUCAGCGACAGCAAUCACGCUUGGGACCUCUGGCAGGGGAUUCCUUAACAACUUCGUCGGCUGAUGUGUCACGGGCCACGUCGCCUGGAGGAACAGAAGGUUCUAGAUCCAAAAGGAAGCGAUCGAUAGCUGAGAAUGGGAGUGAGGCAGGCGAAGAGAUUUCUGACGACUAUGAGCCAAGCGAUCAUGACUCGGAUAACCAGUACGAAGAGGAGCCUGAGCGCAUCAGUAUACCAUCUCCAGGUUCCGGAAAAGUUGUCAAACGGCGUCGAAAAUCUGAAUCAGACGACGACGAGUCAUUUUCUGAAGAGGAAAACAGUGAUCCUGUUGUAGGAAUAUCGCGAAGUGGAAGGAAAGUGGUUAGACCAAGAAUAUUUGAGGCGAAUAUGAAACCGACAAUAUACAAACCAAGACGCACAGCCGCGCAGAUGCCGGACGAGAAUGGAGUGGUGGUGCGUGGACGUGGAAGGGGUAGACCCCGUGGGAGGGGCCGAGGUCGAGGUCGCGGACGCGGGGCUUACAGCAUUCCUCCUUCUGCCACCCCAACGCCUCCACUCGGUUCACCAAUGGAAAUGGUCCCCAUCACGUCGAUUGUGCCAGAAGGAGGCAUCUUUUGUAGUAUAUGUGCAGGGGGGGAUUCACCAUUCCAUAACCGCAUUGUUCUCUGCGAUGCAUGUGAUACCCCGUAUCACCAACUUUGCCAUUCUCCUGCGGUUCCGGACACGAUGGCGGAAGAUGUCUCGGCGCAUUGGUUUUGUCAUAGUUGCGAAGGAACUGAAAAAGCCAUCAAGAUUGCUUCAGAACCUAUUCCGUUCGGCAAUAUGACAUUGGCAAAUGGGCAACCUCUUAUGCCUACUCUCGAGACUAAGCGACGCGUCGGACGGCCCAGUAAGCCAAGAAAAGCAGUUGAUGCUCCGCAUUUACAUGGACCAGGGUUAAUCAUGGCUUCGGUGCAAGAUGAAGAAGAUAGAUGUUUGGUUUGCUCCAAAGUCAUGGACCGAAGAAGCGCAGUAGCCGACGUUAAUGAGUUGAAGAAUGAGAUGAAACAUGAUAUGGGAAGAGAAGACCCGGAAGCAGGUCAUCCGCCACCCAUCGAAGAAACGGAUGUCUCACAGAGCACCGACAGAGGAGGGCCUUUUCGUCAAGACACAAACGGGUUUGGUGCUGCUGCUGAUCCACGACGACCAUGCCCACCACAGGUUCCGGAAGAUGUUCAGAAGGUGUUACUCGGCAAGAUGUGCACUUCUUGUCACACCCGAUUUAGCGAGAUGCACCAUUAUCUGAUGAAACAUCCGCAUGAAACGCUUGCGGUCACCCUAUUCCAAGCUGCAGUUCGACACUCUGAGAUUGCCGAUCUUGUUACGCCUCGACCAACGCUUUUGGAGGCACGUGAUUUGUUGGCGUUCUCAGCACGCCCACGGACAAUUCCCGCCCCGAUUGUCGUUGUGCAGCAACAAGAGGGCAAUGAUUAUUCCGCAGCCAGCUCACGUCGCGUCAGUGGCGAGGUAGACGAUACGCCAGGUUCGAGUUUAGCAGAGUUCCCUUCAUUUACCACACUCGGCGGCGUAUCCACUCCCGGAACGGUGGGAGGCAGGCAAAGAAGCCGAAUGUCCAGUUCGUUAGGAAGCUAUGAAGAUAUGAUUGCAUUGGCCAUCAGCGAACUAAAAGAUCCUCACGGGUCCAAACCACGAAUUAUCUUCCAUUGGAUGCAAGAAAAUAUUCCUGAACUCCCUGAGCAUUUCCGCCCGUCUGCCUCCCAAGCGCUCAAGAAGGCGGUGGAUCGAGGACGGCUGAUUAAAGAAGGAAAUGGUGUUUACAAAGUGAACGAAGAGUGGGUUCCCCCUGAAGACGGCCGAAAGAGGCGCAGAAGAAGGACUGAUUUCAAGGGAGAGGGUGAUGAGAGUGUUGGUGAUGGCGAGGAUGAGGAAGGGCGGGCCGAAGGGGAUGAACUCGGGGGUGAGGGAGUUCCCCAGACGAGCCGCACUACUGAGCAAACAAUGCAUGCAGAUGGUAGAGGCCAGUCCUUUGCAGGACACGCCGCCCCAUCGGCCCCGAUUUCGACCAACACCCCUCCAUUUUUGAACAUGGUUUCAUCUGGACCACAACGGGCAGCCCAUAUAAUGCACCCAAGCGACUACCAACGGCAGCAUGUAGCAGGCGAACGUGCCCAUACGUCACAUGCUCCACAGGCCGCACUUGGGGCGUACCCGAACCUUCCGCUGGAUCCUAUUAGGCAUCUUUCUCACCAUGAGUCUUCAACCGUACCGUACGCAGCGCAUCUUCCUUAUCCGGGAACACAUUUGCCGCUCCCACGCCCAAUAUCUGAACCCAAUCAGCAAGCACAGCGCAACAGUGGAUUUGAUCUUCUCAUGCUGGCAUCCCAGCAAGCGGCGAAUCAUGGGCAGCGAGACUUGAAUGCGAAUGGAGCCCAUCAUCAGCUCCAUCAUAUGCCGGGAUUAGCUGACAGAGGGUACAGACAUGAUCCGCUAGCAGGUCUUGCUGCUGCUGCUGGUGCCACUCCGGGUAGUGUCCUCGCACGGAAUCCCGCUGAUGAUUUUAUGCGGCAGCCCCACCAUUUACCACAACAUCGUGUGCAAUCCUAUCCGCACGGCAGCUCCCCAGGAUUUUUAGGACCAAGAGGGUUUGACAUUUUAAGUGGUGCAGGAGCAAGUUUAAACCCUCAUUCCUCCUAUCCUUCUGCGCCUCACUCUCAUUCCCAAUCGCAACAGGUAGGAAGCCAAGGCGGUAGUCCAAGUAUAGCUGCUGCGGGUAGUACCGAGCAUUCCACGUCGUAAAAUCUUGCUGUGUAAAGAGAGUAGUUUGUAGCAUUAUAUCAUAUUUCAUGUUUGUCUAUUCUAAUCCUGGCGGUACAAACUUUCUGGCUUCAACUUUUAAUCCUUUAAAAUUCCAUUGCAA